AGCUGAAAUCGACAGUAGAACAAGAAUGGCUGGGCCAGGGAAGGAUAGUGCGAUCUCGCACUCCGACUUUCAGCGCUGCUUCCCGCUACUUGUCAGUUUCAUACACUUCGUUUUAACAUGUCUGCAGCUGGCGGGAGCCCAGGAGCAAGCUUUCGUCCAGACGGACUACAGAGAGCUGAGGCACAUGGUUGACGGUGCUCCGUUACAGGGGUCAGACGCACAGACAUUUGGUGCAAGACCACCUGAAGACAGUUUCUGGGAUCACAGAAAAAUCCGGUUAAAGCCACCGUUACUGGACUUCGAAGAACAGCCUGUUGGAAUCCCCAAACUGGAAAAAGUUGUUGUUAUCAACCCCAGCCGAAAAGAAAGCCUGCGAUUGGAGGCCGUGUCGGGGACAACGCUACAUUUCCAUUCUUCAUUCUUUCAACAAAAGUUGCUCCCUCCGGGUGGAAACACGUCCUUCGAUGUGGUCUUCCUGGCACGGAUGGUGGGCAACGUCGAAAACACACUAUUUAUUCAAACAAACAAAGGCACUUUUCCAUACCAGGUUUUUGGUGUGGGUGUGCCCAACCCCUACAGAUUAAGACCAUUUCUGGGGGCGCGUGUGCCCUUAAAUAGCAGCUUCUCCCCAGUCAUCAAUAUGCACAACCCACAUAGUGAACCACUACAGGUUGUGGAAAUGUACAGCAGUGGUGGAGACCUUCACCUCGAACUGCCAUCAGGUCAGACAGAAGCACCACAGAAACUAUGGGAAAUCCCUCCCUAUGAAACGAAGCCGGUCAUGCGGGCGAGUUUCGUCGGUAGGGAGGAGAAAAAUCACACGGCGUUCAUCAGGAUAAAAACCCUCCCCAACCACGAGUCCCUCAUCCUCCCUGUGGAGGUGGAGGUCACGUCAGCCCCUGGUAUCUACUCCUCCACAGAAAUGCUGGAUUUCGGCACACUAUUGUCAGUUGAUGAACCUAAGACUUUACAGCUGCAUCUACUAAACCCCAUGGCAAGAGAUGUACAAAUCACUAAUAUAAAGUUAUCAUCACCAAAUGAUGCAGUAUCUAUAGACUACAAACCAGUCACACUCAAACCGUCAGUAGGAGGGAGGGACACAAAAGUUGCCAGUGUAACGUUCUAUGCAAAUAAAGCCACCACCCACAGGCAGUGGGCAGGCAAGAUAGUCGUCAAGUCCAAGGACAAAAACAUCCCAAAACUGGAGAUACCGUACCAGGCCGAGGUGCUGCACGGGACUCUUGGGUAUGAACAGAACUGUACCCUGUUCUACAUCGGCCCUGCCACCACGGAGCCCAUCGUGCGAGAGGUGAUGCUGACCAACACGUUUGACUUCCCUGUGGUGGUUCACAACGCGACACUGCCAGAGGAGGCUCAGCAGUACUUCUCUAUUGUUGACUUUCCGGAGCCAGUGACAAUCCUUCCCCAGAAAAAACAUGUUCCAUUCCUGCUGAAGUUCUUGCCAGACGGGGUGAACUCUGUUCUCUCCACCUUCUUGCUGCUCUACACAAACAUUUCCAGAUUUUCCCUACCAGUGCAAUCAUACUCAGGGCUGCUAAAGGCUUCGGUUCACUCAGCGGACAACUCAUUAGAUUUUGGCACCAUGGGCUCCAAAGACAAACGCAGUAUGACCUUCGCUGUCACAAACAGUAAUCCAACAGAGGUAACAAUAAACUCCAUCAACACCACACUGCCGAUGCACGAGACAAGGUUUGAGAUCCUUGGGGUGGAGGAGGGCAAUGGGACAUACCUAACCAUGGAACAUAGAGACAGACCGCAAGUACCGUUUACGUUGAAGCCGCACCACUACUCAGUCUGGCUGGUGGAAGUUGUUGCACCCAAGGAGGAGGGAGUUUUCCAGGGCAGCUUUAACAUCGUUACAGAUCACGAGACGUUGCAGAUUCCCAUGUCGGCCAGGGUGGCCCUCGGCAGCAUCACCGCUAAAGAGAUUAAGUUUUCACCAACAUUUCCAGGAAAGGUUGCACACAAGUCCAUAUUUGUGCAGAGCUCCUUCUCGUACAAAACCAAAGUGGAGUCCUUAGUUCCAGUUUUACCUGCAGACGACCGCUUCUACUUCAAAAAGAAGGACUCUAUCAAAACAGAGGUGGAGCCUAAUAAAAAGACAAAGAUUGGUACCCUGUUCUUUGACCCAAGGCUAGAGUGUUUGGAUGACUGUUAUGUUGGAUUGCCAACUUCUACAGCAGAUGGUCACCAGUGGUUAUCGAGUUUGACUCUAGACAAGGAAGCAGGGGACAUAGACUCUCAACUAUAUCAGAACUUUCUCACAAAAUGGACAGAUCUAAAAACAUCGGGCCAGACAAGUCCGAACGUUACCCUACACAUCAGUACAUCGCUAGUGAAGGGUCCGCUGACCACGGCUAGUGCACAGCUACAGUUCCCCACACUCGUCACAGACCAGAACCUCGACUUUCCUCUCACACAUGUAGGCGGGAAGUCGACAAGAAGACUAACGAUACAGAACCCUGCCGAUGUUCCCAUCCUGGUGCAGCUUGUCCCUCUGGCACUUUACCCCAAUGCCUCUUCUGUCCUGGAGUACAUCCACCACUCUAUUGAUCCCCACAACAAGAUAUUUGAGUUGACAGCCGACAGUGACAUCUUUUACAUCCUGGACACAGAAAACAAAAAUGUGUCUACAAGUAGAAGCAUAGCCACACAGAGGUCUACGGUGGAGAGCAAGCUUGGUGUCCGACCCAACAGAACAGUUGUGACAGCGUCCAUAGCACCUGGAGCAGAGUUCUCUGUUCACGUGGGAUUCACGCCAAAAAGCUCCGAGGCACAAGUCCUAACAGCUAUCUUUAUCAGGAAUAAUUUGACCAUCCUGGAUGCAGUGAUCGCCUCGGGGCAGGGGGCACGGGAAGAGUUCCGCCUGGGCAACAGGAAACCUGGCAAGGGCACCAAGCUCAAGUUCGACCUCAAGGAGGAACAUCUGGCAGACUGUAACAGAACUCUAAAAGCGAGGGUCCCCAACUUCACAGUCAGGAAAACUUUUAUGGCCAAGAACGCCGGUCAGCUGCCCAUCCAGGUGACACAGAUGGAAAUCAACGGCCAGCUGUGCCAGGGCUACGGAUUCAGAGUUCUAAACUGCGAACCCUUCACCAUCAACCCUAAUGGAACUCACAGAGUGGACAUUGCUUUUACACCAGACUUCACACUCGCUCAGGUGCAGAGGGAACUGUGGAUAACAACAGCACGUGACCAGGUCCUGAAGUACACCCUGCUAGCCAAGGUGCCCCACAACAAGCUGGGCCCCUGCGCUGCUGCCAUGCCCCGACCCCCAUGGGAACACAUGCUGUACGUCUCCUGCGCAUUCCUCAUGACUGUUUUAUUUAUCGGCGUCCUCAUGGCGGCCUACCUGGAAUCUGAACGUAUCACCGAGCCUUUAAACAGACGGAACCUGGGCAAUGAUUUACAACAACAGCAUCAGAAUAUCCUUCCGCCGGAAAAGUUAAACCCUUUCGACUUGAGGAAAGAUGUGGACAGAGGGAAACCGUUGCACCACGAUGUUACAGACGGUGCUCAUGAUCAGACUGGCAGCGCGGUGAGACGUAAAAAGGACCCCUCCCCGCCUGGUGGGGGAGGGUCUGUCACGCCAACACUGCUUAACAACAGAGUGGUGAGCAGCCAGGCAGUAAACAACGGCAAGACCAACAUUACCGUCGUCAGCGAGAAGAAAUUCUUACCCGACAAAAUAAAACACAACAACCUCGGUAACCAAGUGUCGUUUGUGGACAACAUACACGACGACCCCAGCAGCAAACGCUCCAGGCCCUCCAAACAGCGGAACCUGGAGGACUGGGAAACUCUCGACGAAAUGGAAAAAUGCAAACCUGAAGGCAGCUUCGACGAUGUAGAACUCCCACCAAAAGGAAGUAAGGAUGGAAAAGGACGAAGAUCAUCCGAGCCACUCACCUCCUUGCAGGAAGACCUUAGCUUGGAGACAACGCAAGAAUCGCCAAAUUCUUCCUCGCCUCAAAGACGAGGGGGAAAAGUAAAGCCAAAGAGAAAGUUGAAGACAGCACUGAGAAGAGAAGAGAAAGAGCGCCGAGCGCGGGAAAGGAAGGAGGCCAUGAAGGAACAGAUCCCUGACGACGCCUCGUCAACCACGACAGAAAAUUCCAACCCAGAUCUCGAGUCCAUCGACAAGGACAGCAAAGAUACAUCUAGCGUUCUCUCAGACCUAUCAGACCAGCUCGAACCAUUCGGUCCCCCGGACAAUGGGAAAGAGAAACCCAAAACCAAGUCAAAGAAGGAGCCCCUUGCGAUGGAUCCUGAGGACUUCAAGCCCUUCGAGAAGGCCCGGUCAAAGUCUCGCCGAUCGGACAAGGAGAAUCUUUACGGCAAUGUCAUGCGUCCGAGUACUUUGGAACUACCGUACACGACGGCCCUGGAAGCCAGCGAGAGGCAGGCCAAAGGACUGACAUCCCCCCAUUCCAUCGCAGCCAGCGUGGCCAAGAGAGCGCUGAAGAAGAACAGGAAAGGCAGAGAUGAGAAGAGUGACACCAGUAGUGAAGGUGGGAAGGACUCCCCUCCCCCACUGUGGGACCUCCCGAAAUCAGGCUCCGCCAGUGAAGACAGCUUGCACCAGCUCUCCCUGCAGACCCGCCAGGCCGGACACCUCUUCCGUGAUGAGAUCCUCUCGUCUGGCAGUCUGUCUCCCUCCUCCCCAACCCCCCUGACUGGAAACGCCCCUCAGGUGGCCAGCCGACUGACCGGCAGCAGCUACAGCAGUGUGGUCAGUGGUGCCAACAAGCGCAAGACUGUUUCCAAGACCAUGUCUGCACCAAUGGACCCCUUAGCUUCCGCCUUUACCCCCGCUAGCACAUCCCAGAAGAACCCAGGAGUGAUCGGUUCCAAGACGAUGCCCCCCAAGUCCCUGUCCAUGACAUCUCUGAAGAGGAACCCUUGGAAGGCAUCAGGCCAGGACAGCUCCAACACCAGCUCCGAGAGCAGCAGCCCUGGUGCAUCCUGGGCCGGCGCCGGGUCCCAACGGCUCACCAGCGGGUUCUCCAGCGAGGGGAACGUACCAUCGGCUUUCUUCAGCGAUGUUUCUGCCUUCCCUCCCACACCAACUGGUACUGAGUACAAGGGCACUCCUGCCUCGCUGAAGGACUCUGCUGUUGGGUUUGAGCGGAGCAUUAAGAGACCAAGGGAGGCUGACCCCUUCUCCUCCAGCUGGGAAGGAGUUUUCAACCCUGCUGCGAACGUCAACAACCUGCUCGAGGAGGACCCCCAGCCGACCUUCGACCCCCAGGCAACCUUUCACCCCUUUGGAACUGUGGCAGGCACCAGUGCACUCUGGGAUACCCCAUCAUUCUCUAGUGCAAUGGGCGAGCAGCCGCCGUGGUCUCGUGAGACCGGGUCUCCGCAAAGGCCAUCACCGCUUCUGUCCACCAGUGCCCCAACUAGUAUGUGGGAUAUCCCAGCGUCCUCUGCUGACGCUCUGUGGAGCAUGCCCAGUACGACCUCCACCGCCGGUCUCUUCCCCUCCAUCUGGCCGCCAUCCCCGGACACUCUGCAAGGGGGUGCCGCUGCACACCCUGACGGAAACGGCCAGGAGAAGCCAGAGGCCCAGUCCGCGGUGUCUCGUCUCGGCUCCCUCUUCAGCAACAGCAUCUGGGGACCGUCCCUGGCCGGCGUGAACUCUGACCCCUGGGCACCUGCACCCAAGAAGGAUGACAACUAGGGCAAAACCUGAACCCUGAUUGGUUGAAGCAAAUUUCUCUCAUCCCCAGUUGGUUUAAAAAGAUUUCUCUGGACUCUGAUUGGUUCAAGCAAAUUUGGUCCUUCCCUGAUUAGUGGAAGCAAAUUUUGCUGAUCCCUGAUUGGUGGGAGAAAAUUUCUUUGACCUCCAAUUGGUUGAAGCCAGUUUUUCUUUUCUGAUGUUUCAUUAGUGUUUUUAACUAAUCAUUUGACAAGAUUUGAUAAAGUUGUCAUGUCAUAUUUUCUGCCUUUGUAAAACCUUGAUAUGCCAAUGCAGAUCGGCUGUUUGUAUUCUGUUUUUGACAUGCAAGACAAUAUGUAACAAAAUUAUUCUCUGACAUGACUAUCCUCUGACUGAAAUAAAAUGUUGUUCUCAGAAAUUUGUUGACACAGAAUGACAUUGAUACAAGGCUCCUCCACUAUUGUGCAUUUAACAAUGCCUUAUGAUGUCCUCAUUUUGCUUAGCAACAACCAAUCAGGGUACAAGGUACCUCAUUUUAAAUGAUACACAGUAAUCUAUGGUUAACUAGGAACUGAAUGGCUCGUCUAAGUAUUGUAUACAAGUGCCACCUAGCAUGUUUGUUAGGAAGUGCAGUUUCAGAUAGCCUGGUGUUAAGUAUGACAAGUGAUUACUGAUAGUUUGUCACUAUAAGAAUUUGCUUACAAUGGUAUCGUUGCCCUACGGUGUGUCCUCCCUGGGUAGUUAGUGUUAGUGGGGUGCCCAAGGGUACUUCCAUGGAUGACAUUCUUGCAUAGGUUGACCAAGGUUAUUAUACAUGUAUAUAAUGUCCUUGGGUUGACCAAUAGUUCACAGUUUAAACUGCACAAGGUCAAAUGUGAAGGCCAUGUGUUAACAUGUAAACAUUUCUUUGCUAGACUGCGCGUUAUUCAUGUUCAGACUUGUUUUGUUGACGUCUCAGGGGCCUUCAACUUUGACAUACUAUUCGCAAUUUGCAUCAUAAUGCACACGUGAUGUUUAAAUGGUGCACGAACUAAUAGGGGGCACCAAGUUUUACAUUGU